AUGGCUUAUUUCAUUGUGGUUUUUAUUAUUGUUCUAUUCGUAUGGGCGUUACGAAUCUAUAUCACAACAAAAAAUCGUAGCAAACACAUAGAACACAUUUCUGGUCCUUACGCUGUUCCCAUUUUGGGUUGUGUCGCAGAGGCAACAACUGUGAAGCCUACAAAAAUACUGGAAAAAGUAAAUGAAUUGCUGCAUUUGUAUGGAAGUACUUUUAGAGCCUGGGUAUUGGAUCGCCUGUAUAUAGUAACAAAAGACGCAGAAUUGGUUGAACAACUUCUCUCUCACCCCACCCAAAUUCGAAAAUCAAGUUUGUAUAACAAUUUAAAACCGUGGCUUGGAACUGGUCUAUUAAUAAGUGAUUCACAAAAAUGGCAUACCCGUCGUAAAAUUAUAACACCGACAUUUCAUUUUGCAAUAUUGGAACAAUUUUUAGAGGUUUUCGAUAGACAAUCUACGGUGUUGGUUAAUUGCUUAUCGGAGAGAGCCGAUGGUAGGUCAGCGUUUGACGUUAUGUCUUACAUUUCUUCGGCUACCUUGGAUAUUAUAACGGAGUCGGCGAUGGGUGUCAAUGUCCAUGCUCAGACGGAUAAAAGUAUGCCAUAUACAAUGGCUGUAACAGAGAUGACAGACCUGGUGUCUUGGCGUUGUAUACGAGCACAUCUGCAUGACGAAACCAUGUUUUCCAUUUUAUGUCCAUGGAAAAAAUUAAGACAAAAUAAACUCAUUAAAUUGAUGCACAAGUUUACAACAAAUGUUAUCGAGGAACGACGACAAUCACUGGAGAAAAGUUUAAGAUCUGAACAAAAUAUCGAACAGAAUCAUGAUGCCAAUAACAUUGGGGCAAGGAAACAUAUGGCUCUACUCGAUGUCCUAUUGCAGGUAACACUGGAUGGCCAACCAUUGUCAAAUGAAGAUAUACGCGAAGAAGUGGAUACAUUUAUGUUUGAGGGUCAUGAUACAACAAUGACUGCACUUUCUUUUACCCUGCAUCUGAUUUCACGUCAUCCUGAAGUACAGAAACGGCUGCUUUCUGAAAUAUAUACAGUUUUUGGCGAAACAAAUGCCGAACCAUUCGCCAUGGCCACAUUAAAUAACUUGAAGUAUAUGGAAUGUGUAAUUAGGGAGUCAUUGCGUCUGUAUCCGCCAGUACCAGUAAUUAGCCGUGAAAUUAUCAACGAUUUCAAUUACACUCACUCUCGUUUUGGUGAUGGCAUUCUUCCAGAUUCAACACAAGUCCUCCUUUUGGUAUACCAUACAAUGAGAGAUCCUCAAGCUUAUGACAAUCCCGCUGAAUUUAUACCCGAUCGACACAGAAAUUCGACUAAUUCUAAACCAUUUAGUAAUAUACCAUUUAGUGCUGGUCCUCGAAAUUGUAUUGGUCAACGCUUUGCAAUGCUGGAAAUGAAAAUUGCCCUUUGUAAAAUACUACGCGAAUAUGAGCUGUUGCCUCUGGGCGAAGAUAUUAAACCUGUAAUCGGAAUUAUACUACGUUCAGAAACUGGUAUGCAACUUGGAAUGAAGAAGCGGGUGUCUACAUAA